UAGAAUUGUCCCUUAUCGCACUCCGUAUAGAUUUGACGUAUGUUGACAAAACAAGAGUUCCCCAUCCCGAGAAAAACAUAAUGCGCAUCGACUUGUCAUACGCCAGGUAAACAUGUCAUAUACACGCAUUUUUAAGAGCCUAAAUUACAUUUGAUUGGCGUAAAUAGAUAGUUUAGUCCGUACUAUAUUGUUACUUCGAGUAUUAGACCGCGUUAGUGAGUGUACUGAACAGCUGGAUGUGUCCAGGUCCAUGUAUAUCUGUCAUAUUUGAGUUCAGAACACCACAUAUAAGAGAGUCUCCGUGUUUUUGAUAGUCAUCGAGCAGUAUAGAUCAGUAUGAACUGUCGAUCAGAGGUCCUCGAGGUGUCAGUGGAGGGCAGACAGGUGGAUGAGGCCAUGCUGGCCCUCCUGCACACCAUCCUCCUGCACCGCAGCACAGGGAAAUUUCACUAUAAGAAAGAGGGCACAUACUCCAUCGGCACAGUGGGAACGCAGGACGUGGACUGCGACUUUAUCGACUUCACAUUCGUGCGAGUGUCUUCUGAUGAACUCGACAGGGUUAUCAGGAAAGCAGUGGCCGAAUUUAAGGAUGCUCUUGGGAAUUCUGGGAGUGAUGGCAUGGGACAGAUCUCUCUGGAGUUCUAUCAGAAAAAGAAGUCCCGUUGGCCCUUUUCAGAUGAAUGCAUCCCUUGGGAGGUGUGGAGCAUCAAGGUCAAUGUUGUAAACCUGGCCAACGAACAGGAGCGUCAGAUAUGCAGGGAGAAAGUUGGCGAGAAGCUCGGCGAGAAGGUCAUCAAUAUUGUGGAAGUGAUCAACCGUCAUGAGUAUCUCCCAAAGAUGCCCACACAAUCAGAGGUGGAUAAUGUGUUUGAUACAAGUUUGAAAGAUGUCCAGCCGUAUCUGUACAAGAUCACUUUCCAGAUCACUGAUUCUCUGGGGACGUCAGUGAGCACCACUAUGAGAAGGCUUAUCAAAGACACUCUUGCAUUAUAAAGGUUGUGACUUUAUUGCUGAUGAAACAUGAUGCUUCUUGGACCUUGAUGAUGAUGUAAAAGAGAAUUUCACAGGUUUCACACACGUUUGACCGUUGAUAUGUUACUGCACAUAAUUCAGAAUACAAAUUUUGUUUUUUAUUAUUUCUGGUUAAGUUAUUGCUAACUUGAUGUCAGAAUUUCAUUACUCCUGAAUGUUUUUUUUUUUUUUUUGUUUUUUUUUAAGAAAUCACUACACUUAAUUAGUAUAAUAAUGGUGUCUGAUAUCUUUGCACUGUUUUGAAAGACUAACAGUUCAAACAAGCAUAUUAUUCAGUGUAGUACUCCUAAAGUUUUCUUUUUUUUUUUUUUUUAAUAAAA